GGACAAACGACGGAAUCGGAAUUGGAAGGGAUCACAAUUGAGAUAGUAUCCUAAUACAAGUCGCGGUGUAACGAGACUGGCUCCGGUUUAACGACGGGACGACGCAUCGGAUUACCAACGAGAUAGAAACUCGCUUUGAAAAGUUACGAUCAGAAACGAAUUUGGCAGCCGGAGCUGCGAGAGGGAUCAUGGCAGACUAUAACGACGACAGCGAGGUCUGUCGAGUAUGCAGAACUGAAGCCGAGCCGGACAAUCCUCUGUAUCACCCAUGCAAGUGUUCCGGGUCCAUUCGAUAUGUGCACUCUGAAUGUCUGGUACAGUGGCUCGGUCACUCGCACAAAAAGACUUGCGAGCUCUGUGGCCAUGCGUUCUCCUUCAAGAAAGUCUACCCGGCCGAUAUGCCUCCAUCACUGCCGCUUCCGACUCUUGUUCUCCAAUUUCUCAAGGACGGGUUACGGGUGAUAGCAUAUGGAGGUUGGGCGAUCCUCGUGGCUUUCGUAUGGCUAGUAUUCUUGCCAUUGAUCAUAAAGGGAGUUUGGGGGGGACUAUUUUCAGGAGGGGAUUCGAUGGUUGGGAAGAUGGUUGGCGGUCAGACCAAUUCAACCAAAAUUCCGGCAUUCAACCGUACAGAGACGGCUGAAGAUCUAAAAGACAUUUCCGCAUGGCUGGCUACUGCCAACAUUGAUGCGGACGAUAUCGCCGCCGAGGUAGCAGAGAGGAUGUCCAAGACGGAACGCGUGCCAAGAAGCAGAGUCGGCUGGGGGGACGGUGUUUGGGCUGUGCGCACGAUAUUCUACAACGACCCGAAGGUGAGGUCACUCAUGUUCAAGACGAUGAGAUACCAAAUUCGGAACUACAUUCGAGACACCUUGUUGUCCAACGUAUUCCAAGGACAGAUCCUCGCCGUCGUCAUCGUCCUGACCUUUCUCGGGAUCUUUCUCGUUCGGGAGUGGGUCAUCCAGAACGGACCUAUCGACAACCCAGCGGCAGACGCGCCAGAAAUGGGAGGACCGGUUCGUCCGGAAGAUUUUCUACCACAGAUGGCUGUUCGGUGGCGACUUCGUCCACAGCCACGGACCGACAUGGAUCCAAUCGACGAAGCUGACCAGGCUGAGCAUGCUGAACUCAACCAGUUGGAGGCCCGAGUCGACGAGCUCAUGGCGGCGGUUGAGCGACGGGUGGCCGAGCGACGGGCUGGGCCUGAUGGAGGGAACAAUACGCCUCUGGAGCCUCCUGUCGUCGAUCAGGAGGAUGACGAUGAGUGGGAGGACGAGUCUGACGACGACGCAAGCGUGACUGCCAUGAUGGAGAGGGACCAAGGAGCGGCUUUCCCUCGAACCCAGGAUUACGACGAUGAAGCACAGGUUGACGAUGUCUUCCCGAUGGACGUAGAUCAGCCGGAUUCUCCCAAUCUGGAUACCAUGAGGGAAGCGAGGAACCGUUAUUUCGCAGUGGCAGAUCAUAACCGACAUUUUGCGGAUCAGGCGCCUGAGGCUCCAGAGGCAUCGUCCGCGAGAAGUGUAACAGUCGAGUCCCGGCCCCGGUCCACAUAUCAGUCGGACUUCACGUUCGACUUCAACGUCGAUGACGUCAAUAGAGUUGGAUCUGCCAGCUUUGGUGAACAGCAAGCUAGUGGCGGCGAUACGGCGCUCGCCAUGCCACGGGUGCCUCAGUGGCGCCCGGAUGAUACCAAUGGAGAUUUGCCGGCAGGUUUCAAUCAGCAGUACAAUCGAGUUCUCGAUCCGAGGCCGAGACCGCCGCCUCAAAGACCACCCUGGCUGGAACCUGUUCAUCCGUUCGUGGGGCAAGAUCUACCAGCGGGGGUGCAGCAGCCGAUCUUCCCUCCGGAAUUGCGUAACAGGGCAGGUGACCCAGCGGCGCCAGAUGCCCCACCACGAGGAGGACAGCGUCUGAGGCAGGCUGGACGUCGCGAACGAGUUCGGAGGGUGGUACGAGAACAAGAUGAAGUCGUUCAGGGAGUUGAGGAGCGAUGGAACGAUUUCGAGGGCGACGUCGAUGGGGAAGGAGAAGGAGAUGGCUUCAUUCUCGAAGGUGAUAUCGACGGCGCAAUGGAAGUGGUGGGACUGCGUGGACCUCCCGUCGUACUCCUUCAGAACACCUUUAUAGUAGUCCUGGUUCUUACAGCAGCGUUGACGGUCUUUGUGCACGUACCAUACGUCCUGGGCCGAAUACAUCUGGUUGGCGACAUCAGCAUGUUCGAUCUGCCAGCUCGGGGACUCUUCGCAGUCGCCAAAAUCAUCACUGUGGCAACCGACUUGAUGAUCACCGGAUUGGCGAAGAUCUUGGAUUACAUGCUUAUUCACCCGCUCGGCGUGAUCCUUGGGCUGUCCCCGAAGCAGGCUGUGAAUCUCGGCGUCCCCUCCGGGAGCAGCAAGUCAGCGGGACCUCUCGUCACCUUCUUCGGUCUUCUGAAAAAGGCUUUGAGUUUCGUACAGAACGUUUCUCCAGCUUUCAUUGGAAACAGGAUCGCUCAGAUGAUGGACCUUACGGAGCGAGGCUUUGCGUCACUAGGCACCAAUUAUCUGCACUACCAGCAGGUCACGAGGGAAUUGGCUCGAGGAAACAGCUCGACGUCCAGGCUGAUGUGCAUUGCGAUGGGAUACUUUGAUGCCUUUUGUACCGUGGCUUUUCUGUCCGGUUUGGGAGAGCCGGUUCUGGGCCGCUUUGGGAAAGCAAUCUCCGAGACUGCUAUUUCGCACGGUACUGUACUCAAACUCGGUUUCUUCAUGCUCAUUGAAUUGGCAUUUUUCCCAAUGUCGAUGGGUUACAUUGUCGACCUCUGCGCAUUGCCGCUGUUUCCGGCCGGUACCUUGUCUGCAAGAUUGGCCGUACAACAAAGACAUCCUCUCUUGAGCUUCUUUGCCCAUUGGCUCUGCGGGACUCUCUUCAUGUUUGCCUUCGCAAAAUUCCUUUCGAUGUGCCGCGCGGUCUGUCGACGAGGUGCCAUGUACAUGAUUCGUGACCCUCAGGAUCCCAACUUCAGCCCUGUCCGCGACAUCUUGGACAAGUCGACCCUUUUGCAGCUGCAGAAGCUGUUGAUCAGCGCUUUUAUGUACAUUGCUGUGCUGGUCGGUCCCAUAGGUGGUCUAUUCAUGGCCAUUCGAUGUUUACCAUCCAGUAUACAAUUGCUGCCUCUGCGUUGGUACUACAAGGAGACGACCUCGACGGUACCGGUCGACUUCAUCCUCGUGUUGUUCUUUGUACCUGCGCAAUGGCGUCAACUGCGCCCCGCCGCAGGUCUGCGCUACCUUCUCCGCAACAACUGGCGUACCUUGGCCAGGAUGCUCCGCCUUAGCUCGUACUUCUACGGCGUACGGUAUAAGGAACAGGAGGUCGAAGGUCCGAUCGAGCGCAAGCUCCUUGCCCUUCACAAGAAGUGGAUCACGCUGAAACGGGCGGUAACGAGAAGCUCGGCGCCCCUGCCGAAGUAUGAAGGCAUGCAGAUGCGCGUCCCCUAUGCGGACUCCGUCGCGCUCGUCAAACCUCGGCGCAACGUCUUUGUCGAGGUUGACGAUUCUGGCGUACCGGUCACGGACGAGGGCAAGAUCACCGCCGUGUUGCAAGACCGUGUGGGCCGCAAAGCCCAUCGACGCGUCAAGGAGGAUUAUACCCAGGUCUAUAUGCCCGGGCUCUAUCCUCAGCGGUUCUGGAUCUUUGGGAUGGCCCUCUGGGUUUCGAUCGCAUGGACGUGUGCGCUGGCCUUUUUCGUCCCGAUUGUGGUGGGAAGAGGGGCGACGGCAUUGUGGUUUGGCUAUCAAGUGCACGAUGGAUACAGCUUUUUUGUCGGUCUUACAAUCUUGGAGACCGGGAUCCAGAAUAUCAUAGCUCUGCGUCAAGAACUCCUCGGCCGCAGAUCCAUUAAGUCCGGCACGCACGCGACCAUGGCACAGGUACGAGCCCGGGUCGCAGAGGCCGAACGGGUCCUCAACGGGUCCGAAUGGACCGUCCGCAAAUUCGUUCGAAUGGUCUCCAUUUAUACCUCAUGCUUCGUCGCGCUUCCCUUUGUUGUGGGGUUGUCCUCGGAGCUGUACGUCUUGUUUCCCCUGAAGUAUGGCGUUUCGGACAUGACGCCCGUCUUUUACGCCUCGGAAGCUUGGGCUUUCGGGUUCCUCGUCUCCUCGAUCGUCUACUACCGCCCGGCUCUCCGAAAACGGUUCAUCAUCUUCCUUGCGACCGCUUAUGGCGAAGCCGACCUGGCCAGGGAAGAUUCCGUCGCCUGGUGCGAAAGGGCGCAUCAAGGAGAGUAUGGGCUCAAGCCCGCCGGGUUGCUCAUCGUCAAGUGGGCUGCGGUCGCGUUGCUCGGACCGGCGUUGGUGGCAUUGGUCGGGUCGGUCGGGUUGGGGCUAGACGAGAGGCAAGGGUCGCUCCUGUUCCGCUUCAUCUACCCCACCAUUCUCACACUCUACCUCGUCAGGACUUGUUCUUACCUCGCCGUCCUUUUCCUCAAGAAAUGGAGCGUGCGAGCGUUGGAAUCCGUCUACCUGGUGGAGAAGCGGGUGAUGAACAUGGAAGCAGCCGAAAAGGCCGGUGGGGUCGAGAUGGCCGUCAGGGAGGACGGCGUGAGGGCGGCGGAUGUAGCUGCAGAGCAUGGUCAUCAGCUUUAGCGACGCCCCCGAAUGAGCCUUAGAAGUGACGGCGACAAGCAGGCAGGCGGAUGAUCGUCUUGAACAAACGGUCAAGUCGGGAAACGUAGACGACGCGGGAUUUACGUCUUAUUUUACGAUGAACGAACUACGAACGAAUAUUGUUAGCAUAUGAGCCCAUCAGCAUGUCAUUUCUCCUUUUACUGAGAGCUUUCAGCUUGCCUCGUCAAGCCAUAGUUGAUGCGCUCGAGCUGAAACCGAUGCUGAC